AUUUACUGUGCUGUGCGUUUGCAGCUUGGGUUCCCCACAAUCAAAAUGGCGUCAUUAAAAGUAAUGAAAGCCAUACGAGUGUCCGAGUUCGGAGCUCCUUCGGUUCUGAAGUUCUGCACUGACGUACCGAUUCCUGCUCCAGGACCCAAACAGGUGCUCAUUCGAGUGCACGCGUGUGGAGUGAAUCCAGUGGAGACGUAUAUCCGUGCUGGUGCCUACGCCCGCAAACCCAGCCUCCCCUACACUCCUGGGUCUGAUGUAGCCGGUGUGGUGGAGGCUGUGGGAGAUGGAGUUCGCUUUCUGAAGGCAGGAGAUCGAGUGUUUACUAUCAGCACUGAGACAGGAGGAUACGCUGAGUACACCCUCGCUUCAGAGGAAUCUGUUCACAAACUGCCUGAUUCUCUAAAUUACAAACAAGGAGCUGCUGUCGGAAUCCCGUAUUUCACUGCGUACAGGGCCUUAUUUCACAAGGCGCAUGCUAAAGCAGGAGAGACUGUUCUGAUUCAUGGAGCCAGCGGAGGGGUCGGAGUUGCGGCGUGUCAGCUGGCCCGAGCGUUCGGACUGAAGGUUCUGGGUACAGCAGGAACCCCUGACGGCAUGAAGCUCGUGCUCGGUAACGGAGCACACGUGGCCUUUAACCACAGAGAAAAGGACUACGUGGAUAAAAUCCAGGAUGCGACUGAAGGCAACGGUGUUAACGUGAUCGUCGAGAUGCUGUCCAACGUGAACCUGAGCAACGACCUGAAACUGCUGGCGUUCGGUGGCAGGGUGACGAUCGUAGGAUGUAGAGGUUCUGUCGAGAUCAACCCGAGAGACACGAUGGCUAAAGAGUCCAGUAUCGUCGGUGUCUCUUUGUUCAGUGCCACGAAGGAGGAGAGGGCGGAGACAGCCGCGGCGCUGUUCGCAGGAAUGGAGGCCGGGUGGCUCAAACCCGUGAUUGGUCCGGAGUAUUCGCUCGACAAAGCUGCUCAAGCCCACGAGGACAUCAUCGACAGCUCCGGGGCUUCUGGGAAAAUGAUCCUGAUUAUAUGAAAGCUAUAAAAACCUGACACUAAUCGAAGGGGUUUUGUUUUUGGUCAAAUUUGCCUGAACUCGUGGCCUUUUCUGUGAUAUCACCACUGUAUUUGAUCCUCAGAAGCCGUUACGGUCGUUAAUAUUAGCUAGCUAACCUAAUCCCAGCUAACAGGCAGCAAAUAUAAUUCACUAGCCAGCGGUAAUUAUGUUACUCGGCUCAAUCUUUGGACGAUGUUUAAGCUCAACUGUUGUUUUGGGGAAUUUCAGAAGCAAACACACGUCUGCUUUUUGCCAAUAUACACGUUAAAGAAACCUGAGAUGUGUAUUAUUUUUAAAAUCUUGUGAAUUUGCUGUUAGAAAAAAAACUGGAACUAUCCAUGAAAUUAAAAGAAUUCUUUUUUCCCCCUUUUUCAUAGUGUCUCGCAGAAUACGGCCGUUAAUUCCUUUUCGUGUGUUCAGAAGAACAAUAUAAUAAACGUAAACCUUUUAAUGAGUUGAAAAUGUCAUAUCAGGACACGCUUAACAGCAACCGUUUGUAAUCGGGUCUCCGCCAGCGUGUGUUUAAAAUCUGCACUGAAAUCAGAUGUACUGACGUGUCGUUGGUCAUUAUUAUGAGCAAUAAAGUGAUAUAUUGGU